UGCAAAACCAAAAUAAUGGCACUUUCUCCGAAACUACAAAACGACUCGUUAGUUCCCCUGUUUUUGAAACCAGCGGGAAUCUUUGUCUAGAGGAGAUUGUCUUUUAUAAUCUUUAACCAUCUGCAUCGAAAAUGGCUGAUGACAAGGUGAAAACCAUCGAGAAUAAUGCUGAAGAUGUUGUUGAAAGUCCAGAGAUACAUUUUGAGCCAAUAGUGCAGCUUGCCCCAAUUGAUGUGAAAACUAUGGAGGAAAAUGAGGAAGAACUUGUGAGACUUCGAGCAAAAUUGUUCCGUUAUGUGAAUUCUGAUUCACCUGAAUGGAAAGAACGAGGUACUGGUGAUGUGAAGUUACUCCGCAAUAAGGACUGUGAUCAAAUCCGAUUGGUAAUGCGUAGAGACAAGACAUUCAAGAUUUGUGCCAACCAUUACAUAACUAAAAACAUGGAGUUGAAACCAAGCAGUGGCAGUGAUCGUGCCUGGGUCUGGAGCACACUGGCUGACUUUGCUGAUGAAAAAACCAAACCUGAGCUGUUGGCAAUUAAAUUUGCUAAUUCUGAAAAUGCACAGUUAUUUAAAGAGAAAUUUGAGGAAGCGAAAAAAAUAGUUCUCAGAAAUUGUCCAGAGUCUUCCAGUGAAUCUGAAGAAGAACUUGCAGACAAGAUUGAUAAAAUGAAAGUGUCAUCCUCAGAAAGUGCCAAGAAAGAAGAGAAAAAUGAAACGAGUUCCCCAGAGAAAGAAACGGAAAAGUCGUCCUGUACAAAUGAUGAC